CGUGAGACCACGCACGACACUUUGUUACUUUCAGUUUAAAUCCAGCUACACACGGAUCAGCAGAUUAUUGCUCACUUCAAUAUCGUAGUUUGUUGUAGUUGAUCGAUUUAUGUAAGAUGGGAAAUAUUUUUAGAAGAAAAGUUAAACUGUUUACAAAUGAAAAUUCCCCUUUAAUUGGCUUUAAGUCGAAAUCGAAAUGGUAUACAUUACGAAAUGUAUCGCUCUUUGUGUCCCUUAUACUAUGCAUAUUAAUUGUCUUAUAUGCGUUGUUUUUGAUAUUCAAUAAACCGACGGAGAAAAUAUCUACUUUAAGAUUAAAUAGCGUGGCGACCAUCAACAAUGAUUAUUUUGAGAAAUGUGCACCACAGAUAACGUGUGACCCUAACGCAAAAUACAGAACAGUCAAUGGAUCAUGUAAUAAUUUGCAAAAUCCUAGCUGGGGCGCAGCACUAACUCCUUUUUAUAGAUACAUGGAUCCGGAGUUUAGUGAUGGGAUCUCAGCUUUUCGGCUACAAUCGGAUGGAAGUCCAUUACCAAAUGCUCGAAAUCUUACUCUAACGAUAUUCAAAGACGUGAAAACGAUUUGUGACCAUAAAAACAAUGAAAUCUUAGUACCAUGGGCCCAAUUUAUCACCCACGAUGUGGCUUAUUCUCCAGUUCGAAGUGUCAAUUCAUCUUUUCCUGCUGCCCUAGACCAUUGUCAGGAUAAGAAUCCACCAACAGAGUGUUCGGCGGUCAUUCCAUUAUCUCCGGACGAUCCAGUGUACGGAAAAUUCAAUAUGACGAUUUUAAAAUUCAUGCGUCUUGUAACUUCAUCAGCUGAUAAUUGUUCCUUAGUUCCUGACACAGUUCUUAAUAAAAACACACAUUUUAUCGACUCGUCUAAUGUGUAUGGUUCCGAUACUGAAUUGGCAAAUCAAUUGCGUCUGUUUAGUGGAGGACAAUUAUUAUACAAUAAAAUUGGAAAUCAAGAUUAUUGUCCUCAGGAUCAAAGCAAAGUUGUAAAAAAAGGAAAUGAGACUCAAGUAACAGUUGCGUUUGUUGCAGGAGACGUAAAUAUUAACCAAAAUUUAGGAAUAGCUUUAUUUCAAAAUUUAUUCCUAAGAUUCCAUAAUUAUAUCGCAAACAAGUUACAAGAAGAUCACCCUUUAUGGACUGAUGAGACUGUCUACCAAGAAACACGUAGAAUCGUUGCAGCUAUUACUCAAAUUAUUACAUACGAUCAUUUUUUGCCGAUAAUUUUGGGUGAAAAUUAUAUGAAUGAAUAUGGUUUAAAUAACGAAACUAAUUAUGAUCCAACGAUAAUACCUGCUGUGGCACAAGAGAUGACUAGUGGUGCUUUUCGAUUACUUCACAACAUAAUUCCUGCCAAAUUAAACUAUAUGACUGAAAAUUACACUACAUACAAAGUGGAAGAACCUUCCGAGUCAUUUUUAAGACCAGAUUCAUUGAUUGGUAAUGUUGAUGGAUUAAUUAGAGGCUUAGCAGAAACUACUGGACGCGAACCCCAGUCAUCGUACAAUAACCUUAUUUCAAAUAUUGUUAUUCAAACUCCAUCAAUCAAUACUACUGGAUUUGAUCUGCUUUCUUAUGAUAUACAACGUGGUCGUGACGUUGGUCUUCCUCCUUACACUAAAUUGAGAAGUUUAUGCGGACUGCCACAAGUGAAUACUUUUGAUGAUUUAUCGGAUUACAUACCAUCAGAAAAAAUUGAGCAGUUAAAAGAUUUCUAUUCAUCGGUUGACGAUAUUGAUUAUUAUGUUGGAAUUUUAUUGGAAAAUAAAGCAAACGGAUCCAUGCUUGGCCCUACUGGAAGUUGUGUUAUUGCUGAUAGUUUUUAUCGAUUUAGAAACGGUGAUCGAUUUUUUUACGACGUCAAAGAUCAACCUGGAAGCUUCACUUCGGAUCAAUUACAGUCGUUGAAGAAUAUUACCCUUAGUCAUAUUAUCUGUGUAACGUCAGAUGUAGAACGUAUUCAAACGAAUACAUUCAAGUUAAUUGAUCACAUACGAAUGAUGAAACUUAAGCCCAACUGCGAAACAUACACAAUUGACUUGACUGCAUGGUGAAUGAUUCCAAAACAUAUUAAAUAUAAGGUCCUGAACGGAGCAAUUAAAGUAUUAUAUUUAAAGCUGUUCGCAUUUUCAUAUAAAUUCCCAGUAUUUUUCAAAAUAAUUGUAAAAAAAAAUAAAAAUUAACGAAAACGGAAAUUUUUGUGUAAAACAAGUUUUCGACAAAAUCGGUUUUGUUUUUUUGAUGUAACUUAGAAACAAAAUAUAAUCGUAAAUAGAUACAUACAUUUUCAUCAAAUGGUUAUGUAAUUAUUUUCUUUACUUGGUCAAUUUUCGGUCAAAUUGUUUUCAAUUUUAACAUUUUCAAUUUUUUUUUUAUUUCUAUAUAAAUGAUAACAUUUUUAUUGUUUUGUUAAAUUGCAUGAAAAUGUAAUAUAAGAUCCCACAUAAAUUGUUUUUAUGGAUACGUAAAAAUAUUUAAAAUACAUAAUUUGAUAAGACUCUAUUGCGAUUCUGGUACCCUGCACAUCCAUUUAAAUAAAGUAUGAUGUCAUUAUUA